ACGGGUGAGGGCGGUUUGUGUUCGAGAGCGAAGCGCCUGUGGAGGAGCGCAGUGUUGCAGUGUGAGGGGGCGCGGUCUGCCGUCGGCCGGGAACUGUGCGAGCUCGGUCUCCAAGGUCAAUUGGCUGGGUAGCCGGCUGUGCGUUAAGGGCUUGGAAGAUUCGGGUGUCCGUUACAGGCCAUUGGUUCGAGUUCCCUCGCUUGGACUUGGUUCCUAAGGAAAUCGUCUGAAAAACGUUGACUCAGACCUGAAGCCAUGGCUCUGAACGAUUGCUGCCGCUGUGUGAAGUUCUUCUUCAUCCUGCUUAAUCUCCUUAUCACGAUAAUCGGCCUGGUGGUGCUCGGCUGCGCCCUCUGGCUCUUCUUCGACACCUUCUACUACCUGCAGAUAGCGCAGACCAACGACGAGUACUACCGCGGCACCUACCUGCUGAUGGGCGUCGGCAUCCUGAUGACGGUGGUCGGCUUCCUCGGCUGCGUGGGCGCCUGCCGCGAGAGCCCCUGCAUGCUUGGCACGUUCUUCACGCUGGUGCUGCUCAUCUUCGUGGCCGAGGUUGCCAGCAUCGUGUGGAUCCACAUGAACAGGGAGACGCUGCGCAACGAACUGCGCAAAUCGAUCGCUGCCGCCGUCCGCGAGGACUACGGGAAGGUGCUCCCACGCACAGAGGCACUGGACGUGAUCCAAUCGCAACUUAAGUGCUGCGGCGGCACGGGGCCGCGCGACUGGGCCAAGUCCUACUACAACAACGGCGACGGCAACAAGUCGGGUCUGGAGUUGGGCAUCCAGGGCAUCGCCAGCGCGGUGGGGGUGUACAAAGUGCCGGCCUCCUGCUGCAACGUCCAGCCGGACGACCCGCGCUGCGAAGCCGCCCAGCAGGUGCAGCUGGCCGGCCAGCUAACCGACGUCAUCAGCCAAGAGGGCUGCGGCGACCAGCUGCUGCAGUUCCUGCAGGACCACACCUGGGUGGUGGUGGGCAUCGUGGCCAGCGUCAUGGUGAUCGAGGUGCUGGCACUGAUGAUCGCGCUCAGCCUGUGCAUCACGGUGAUGCGCGCGGAGCAGGAGUACAAGGCCUAGUGGACUCGCCACCACCCGAGAGAGCGAGAGAGAAAGAGGGGGAGGGGAGAGCGCAUGCGUAAGGCGGACCUGUCAGUACAAGCGGCCGGCCCCGGGCGCCGGCGUCGAUAGUCACUGCCGUUGGCGACGGCGGCGGCCGUCUGACGCCGCCGUGUGCCGGCCGCGGCGCCGCCUCGCUUCAGUGGUCCGCCGCGCCGCCCGGCUCAGAACGGGCGCCCGCAGCGAGUGACGGCCGGGUGCGCCGAGGACGGAGAGUGCUCGGCCCAGAUCGUGUUCUGCUGCUCUCCUUGUGGCGGUGUGAGUGCGAGGGCGUGCGUCCGUGUAUAUCCACUAGUUUUGUAUGGGCGCCGGGUGCUGCCGCCCCGCGUGACUGGGCGGCCGAGUCUCACCCAGUCUGGAUCGCAUACUUUGUUUUUGUUAUUUUAUGUUCCGCGUAGUGGAGGAAGUACUUAGGCGUGUUAACGAAAUACUUAACUGAAUCUCGCCAGUGCUUUGCGGGGAUUGCGCUACUCUUUUCGAAAGAAGAAGUGACAAGUAUACCCAUAUGUUUUUGUACAGGUUCCGCUCCGUUGUGGGCCCACUGUCGUGUUGGUGUCACGGGGCGCGUUCAGUGUAUUCUCUGUCCGUAAGCUAUGGUGCGCCGGACGUGUGGGCGACACGGCGCGGCACAGUUUUACGGCAUGCCGUACAGUCUGCACAGCUCGCUUUUAGUGGUGUCACGGGCCGUUGUUUCCGCCGUCGCCGUGCGGUCUGGCUCCGCCCCGUUCUCUGCCGGCCGCCACCGACUGGCCGCCGCCGAGGCGCGCCGGUCGCUGAUUGGUCGGACUGCUGCUUGUGACUGAGCUUUGCACGGAGGUCAGACGUAUAUUGUGUUUACGCCGACUUACCAGCUUCGGAUGGCUAGCUACAGCUCGACAUGGGGUCUCCCCUGUACCUCAACACGAGAGUGUCCAGCUACAGGGACAUUAUUCCAUGCACUCUGCCUUGCUAACAUCUUCCAGAUCAGGUCAGGCUCUUGAUGGGCCGCUUCCAGAAUGCCUCAAUUCAGAGCCGCAUCACCGGAUGACCUCUUUCGAUUAAUCAAACGACAGCCGAGCGCAUCAGUGGAUCACAUGCUGCACCGUAUCACCUGUGCUUUAUUGACAGCCGUUACCAUUGGGCACGCGAAGUUCGGUUUUCAUUUUGCAGGUGAAAACACCCGUCAUCUGUUACCCCAGCAGGAAUGCGUUCCAGAGAAGCAUGUUAGGGCUGAGUCAUUUGUAGCUUACGUGGCAGGGCUGGCAACCACUCUUUUGCAUGCGCUUACCAACGUAAUUCCUGCAUGCUGGAAUGCAAUUAUUUCUGGACGGUAAUAUGCGCCAGGCUAGAGCCGCGCGACAAGGCGGAGGAUAGGCGCUGGAGCUGACGGCUGAGCAGAGGUGUUUAUAGUUUUGUAUUUUCGCAAAGGUCUCU